GGUGAUUCUAAGCUUAGCAUACUCAACGGCUGUGGGUAGCAAACGUAACACUGAAUUCGUUCGGUGGAACUCGGCAAGUGCCUUUUUCCCGGGCGCUCUUUUCACGGAAAGCACGUGGAGUACCACAGCGAUUGAGUGCAUUCGGGCCUCAAUGAAAGAAGCGCACACUAUGAUUUUGACGAGUCGUGUAGCUGACAGUGAGUUGAAGUUUGUGGUAUCCGAUUUCGUCAAUGAAACUCGGGACCUCGGCGCUCACCUAUCCACCAACAAUCGUGCCACGGCCGAAGGAGACAUCAUCAGCAACAAAGCGUCGAACUCAACCUCCUUGAGCCAGAAUUAGAGCUAAUUCCCAUGAAAUUGAACCACAACCAAUAAAAC